CUGUACUAUAUUUUCUGUCCGCGUGGGUAAGGAGCAUGCUUCCGUGGGUUCAACAAAACAGCACGUCGUCGCUUUCCGUCAGGAAUGAACUGACAGCUUGGCGAAUGGCUGUGAGGGUCGGUUAAGUUUCUUUACCCUGCACCUAUCCGAGGACCGACAACUACGUGACAGAAGCACAUACGAGGAAGGAGGUCAAACAUCGCCAAACUCGUGUCGAACCGCGAGUGGCUCUGCUUUUUGUUUCGCUCAAAAGAUGACUCUUCGGUUGCCACUGUAGUGUGCUGUUUCAGCAGAUGUAACUCAACCUCAGAGAGCCUUCUCGGAAACCACCAUUCGUCCUUUUUCGUCAAGCAUCAUCUACCAAGCUGUUUUUUUUUUUUCUUUUGCUGUUAUUGUCUCGUCAUGUCCUAGAUAUCGUUUUUAUGUGUAUUUCGACCGUGACUUUUUCGUCCUGUCCCGUCUAUUAGAGGGGGCAGGUCGGUAUACAUAAUUGCAGCUACAGUUCGGUUUCAGAAGAUACGGUUAUUGCAAGGGAGCAAGAAGAAGACGGUCUACAACAGACAUUUGCUUAUUUCCGCUUUGGUACACAGCCCCCGCGCAGGACUAUUUGCAUGCUUAGCCCAGCAAAAUCAGAUUUGAGCUAGCUUUGACAACUGGAGGUAACUCCGGGAGGAAGAUUCGAUCAGAGUACCAGAACAACCCAUUGCGCGUAGCCACCAACAGCGAUGUUGCUGAAGGAGUACAGGAUAUGCAUGCCACUCACCGUAGAGGAGUACAGGAUCGGGCAGCUGUACAUGAUCAGCAAGCACAGCCAUGAGCAGAGUGAGCGUGGGGAGGGUGUGGAGGUGGUGCAGAACGAGCCCUUCGAGGACCCCACGCACGGACAGGGCCAGUUCACAGAGAAACGCGUCUACCUCAACAGCAAGCUGCCCACCUGGGCGCGAGCAGUGGUGCCCAAGAUCUUCUAUGUGACGGAGAAGGCCUGGAACUACUACCCAUACACCAUCACAGAGUACACCUGUUCGUUUCUGCCAAAGUUCUCCAUCCACAUAGAGACGAAGUACGAGGACAACAAAGGCUCCAACGACCACAUCUUUGACACGGAGGGCAAGGACCAGGACCAGGAGAGGGAGGUGUGUUUCGUGGACAUCGCGUACGAUGAGAUCCCCGAGCGAUACUACAAGGAGUCUGAGGAUCUGCGCUACUUCCGCUCGGAGAAGACGUCGCGGGGCGUGCUGCCCGAGGGCUGGCGGGACACGCAGGAGCCCAUCAUGUGCUCCUACAAACUGGUCACCGUCAAGUUCGAGGUGUGGGGUCUGCAGACGCGCGUCGAGCAGUUUGUGCACAAGGUGAUCAGAGAUGUUCUCCUCCUGGGCCACAGACAAGCCUUCGCCUGGGUGGAUGAGUGGAUUGACAUGACGAUGGAUGAGGUGAGAGAGUUUGAGCGCACCAUCCAGGCGGAAACCAACCAGAAGAUCGGGGUGUUCCCGCCGUCCAUCUCCAUCGGCGAGACGGCCCUGUCCUCCCUGACCCCCACCGGCCCCGCCAGCGCCCCCUCCACCCCGCUUUGCACCGACGCCCCCGACUUCCUCUCCAUCCCCAAGGACCGGCCCCGCAAGAAGUCCGCCCCAGAGACGCUCACCCUGCCCCAGCCCGCGUCCGCCCAGGACCCCGCCUCCACCUCUCCGUCCACCCCUGGCCCGGCCACCGCCCCCAUCUCCAACCACGCCCCCCUGGAGCUCGGAGGCCACUCAGAUGGAGUGAUGUCACUCUUUUGCUGCCCCCCCCACCCCCCACCCCCACCACACACACACACACACACACACACACACACACACACACACACAUUUCUGCUUCUGCAUCCACCUUCCCCCCCUCACAGACACACACUUCACCUCUGGCCUCCCGCCUGCUCACUGCGCAAUCUCUCAGCUGUCGUCCAGUCCAGCCGCUCACGCUCUAGAGUCCGUCUCCGCCAGAACUCCCAAAUCCCACUGCUGAUGCCACUGGAAGCACCACCAAAGUGUGGGCAUUGGAGGAUCGCAAAGUCUUCCCCUGAACGACCCACUCCGUCCCUCGCAACCUCUCAUGGUCAUCUUUGGAUUCCAGCCAGUGGCAAGCUAGACCACAUCCUCGACCCAACAAAGAGAAUAUGCAUUCAUUUAAUCACGUGUGUGUGUGUGUGUGUGUGUGUGUUUGUUUGUCAGUCUGUUCUGUGCACCAGUUAUAAAACAAUGCAUCCUGUCCUCUCUGUUAAUCCCGAGACUUUGCAAAGCCAGACACAGUUACCAGUUAUUCACCUUCUCCUGUCUUUUCCCCGGAGUUUGUAUGUAGACAAGCUUCCACUGCGUAGCCAUCCAACCCGUGGCCUGAGGCACGCUGCCUCAGCAGCGCAGAUGGAAAUAUUCUUAGCAACACGGCUGAUCGCUUUGAAAUGUCAUCGCAGUGUGCGUUGCUAUGCCACAACUGAAAUGGAAGCGAAGCGAUUUAGCUCCGACCGGUGCGUCUCGAGCGGCGUUGGGAUCCGCCUAUCGAAGUCGUUCUUGUCCUUGUCCUACACGUGCAUUGUAUGUGAAGAGUUUGGUUCCAAAAACGCAAAUCUACAUUUUUAAAAACAUGUUAUUUAAUUGUGUAUUUCAGGUAAUAUCAAUCAAAUUGCUGUUUUGAUUGAACAGUGUAAAAAAAUGAUUUAUGAAAAUUCAUUGAAAUGGUGGAUAUAGCGUUUCGGAACCAAACUUUUCAUGUGUUCUCAGUGUCUCGCAGAAGUAAAAAAAAAAACAGGAUCUUGACCAAUCAGAGAAGAGAGCAUGAGAAAGGCGGAGUUAACGUUCUCAGGCCCCACCCUUUUUUGAUAACACAGGGCAGGAGAUGGACUUCUCCCCUAUCACUGCUUUUGCUAAAUAUCUACAUAUGUACAGCUUUCUCUACGGUAACAAAGCUCUUGAUAAUCCAACCAAGUUUACACACCAAUAAAUCUACAGCUACGGUGGGAGAGAACAAUUGAUUCAGAAAAGGAAUCUGACGAAUGGUUUUAUUGAAGAAAUAUGGCUCAGCAUUUUUGCCAAUGUAUGGAGAGUCAAUGUACAGUAGUGUACAGUUCACAUGUCUCAGAAAGACAUGAAGUGCCAGGGGGUGGCUGAAUAGCAUCUAAUGUGGCAUUCCUGGAUUGCCAUGCUUUUGCCAUCAUGGCUCUGAAAUCUUAACAGAAGCCAGAAGCCAUUUGAAGUCUGUGAGAUCUACCCUCACAUGCAUUUAAUAUCGCUCAGCCAAGUGACUGAUCAUACACAAGAUCCAAGAUCUAUGGAUAUACACACACACACAUAUAUAUAUAUAUAUAUAUGACUGGACGGCCAGAGUGCAGUGGAUUUUCAAUUGAUGUCUUUUACACAUGGAGUGGACAGGGCAGUGAACCAACUGGCCGACCUUUAAAUUUGUAGAGGUCACUUUGAAACAUGCCUUAUGCGCUUGGUCUAUUCAUUAUACUCUGAAUGCUGGAUAGGAUUGGCUUAACCAGUCCUGGUGCACAGCAUUUUACAUGACGUAAAAAAAACAACAACAAUAACACUGUUGUCGUGCCAACUCUUCUGUUAGACACAGGGGAGGAGGGGCCAAGGUUUUGAUUUGAUUUGUGAAGAGAUCCUCUCCUGGGUUGCACUUGUUGAAGUACUUUGAUAAGCUGCUCUUUGUCAUUGAAGAUUAGCCAUCGUUUCAGAGGGGGGGGGGCCUUAAAGCCGCAUGGAAUGUUCUCCAACAUAUGUACGUAUAGGGAGUAUAUAUGAGUCUAUAGAGGCAGAAUAGGAGGUGGAAGAGUUGAAUGUGACUUGAUAGGUUGUAGUUAGUUGCCAUAUGAUAAAUGUGAGUCUCCAAUCAAAAACUGAGCAUGCUCGGAGAAAAUAACCCACCCAGUGCCUCUGCAUGUGAAAAGUGUAUCUUCUAGUCUGUAUGCCAAAACCUCCUGCAAACAGUAUUUAAAAAUGAAACCAUAAAGGAAGUUCUGUCUUCUGUGAUAUGUUUUUAAUUUGCCUCGCUUGUGAAGGAGUCAAGUUAGACAUCUUCUUGAAUUUGACAGAUCAGAUCAUUAGAUCAGCUGUGUAAUAGCCUAACGUGCUUUCAAUGAAAUGCUUUUCUGUAAAUCUGAGCACAAACAGUCCAUUUGAAGUUAGGGUCGUGAAUUGAUAUUUUCCCUUUUGGCAAUCACUGUUCUAUAUAUUUUUUUCCCAAAUAACGUGAGACUUGAGAAAGACAACAUGUUGAAGAGUGGACUGUAACUAGUGCACUCAUGCUUCUAACAAUCAGGUGUUUUUUUUCCGUAGUCUGUUGGUAGUCAUGUCUCCUUCUUUCAAUUCGACCCUGACCUUAAAUUAAACACAACAUUUUUCAGACCUUAAAGGAAGAUCCUGAAAUACUUUGCUUUCUGACCAAAAUGUUAUCAAAGGACAUGCAUCCUAGUUUGACUCCUAUAAAACAAUGUAAAGCCAUGUUCCCCCUUAGUUACAAAACUGUCUAUAGUUCACCUCAGAUGCUUUCCACCACUAAUGGACCAGGGCCUAAUGGAUCCAUGCAGAUAUCCUACCUUAUACAUUCACACUGUCCGCAAGCAGGACUCACAGUCUUUUGAUGGUCCUCUGGAUUGUACACAGCCCAGCCUAGCCAGUGGAUUUUUGUGAGGCAUGAAGUUUACCAAAAUCCCAGGGAUUCGUGUCAUUGUUUAUUUUCUUCAGUGGUUGUGCUAACUCCUGAGUUAUAAAGAGUAAAUUGUAAAUAGCCUUUGUACAGAUCUCCUCUGGUUUUAGACUUCCUAUAAUUUAUCUAAAAGGAAAUGAAAGUUGUUAGCAUAGAGACUUGGGUCUCUAUCACAUGGGGGGGGUCUCUGCUACUUUGAAUUAUUCCAGUUUGUUAAAAUGCUGUAACAUAAUCAGUUCAACAUAUCCUUUUUGCUAUAGUAUGAUUUUUUUGCCUGAAACACCAGUUUGUUCAAUCAUUGUUUAGUUGUUUAAGUAGUUCUUAUUAGUUUCUUGCUCCUGAUCUUGUGUUGGGGUCUUUCUUUCAACUUUGAUAUGGUCCAAGGAUAUUUUGUUUGUUAAAAAAAAUAAAAUAACACAACACAUUUUAUAUUCUUUAGUUGUUCCGUUACAGUGGAAGCAUUGAUGUUUUUUAAAUCUGAAGGUGAAACUCUUUGUUUUUCUUACUUAUACUUACUUAUAAGUAGCACCGUGAGUUGUUUUGUUAUGGCUGUGUUUUCUAUUCGAACCCAUUUGCUCAGAAGGACCAAGCCUUUGUGUCACUUUAAGUGCAGGUGGUAGACAUGCUGUUAUUUUUGUGUUUGCUAAGUGCCAUCCUCUCUCAGCUGCUGAAAGUUGCUCUGGGUUCUUCCACUCUGGUAUAUUUUUAUUGCCCUUGGAUAUAUUUUGUUUGUUUUAGUUGUAAUUAAUGUUUUACUUUUUUCUUAAAUCUUGUAGCAAAUAAAAGUUUACUUGCUAUUUAAAAUA